UGCGCGCACGACUACAGUCGUGAUAUAACUCUUAAGCAGCUUUUUUGUGUUGCUGCAAAUCAGUGAUGAAGCGCGAGAGAGACGAGAUGGAGAGCAUUGUUUGGCAAACCCCCGCCAAUCCACCCCAACGCCACGACUACAUCUUCAACAACGGAGUUCGUUAUGUCAGGCCCUAUUACUUUGAGUUCAUAUCUCAUGCGAAGAAACGGUGGGCGGGGAAGACGAUUGUUGAUCUUUUUGCGGAUGAGUUCAAAGGCCGGCCUCGCGAUUACUAUGUUUCCGCUGUUGAAUCUGGUCGGAUACAGGUUGAAGGAGAAACGGUGCCAGCAUCGUAUAUAGUCCAGUCAUCCCAAAAGAUUAGCCACUUCUUGCACAGGCAUGAACCACCAGUCAUGGCCUUGGAUGUCAUAAUUCUGCAAAAGGAACCAGAUGUCUUGACUGUUUAUAAGCCUGCAUCUGUCCCUGUGCAUCCAUGUGGUCAAUACCGUAAGAACACGGUCGUUGGCAUUCUUCAGGCAGAGCAUGACUUAGCACCUCUAUUUCCUAUUCAUCGACUCGAUCGCUUGGUCUCAGGACUGCUUAUCUUGGCCAGAAGUGCUUCUAAGGCUGAUUUUUUCAGGCAACAGAUUGAAUCAGGUGUGAUAGAGAAGAAAUACAUUGCAAAGGUCGUUGGAGUAUUUCCCGAGGAUGAGAAAAUUGUCGAUGCAAACGUAAAUUUCAAUGCCCGAGAAGGAAGAAGCACAGCGGAGGUGUCCAAGGAUUGUGGUAAUGGCAUUACUCCCCUAAAGGGUAAGGUUGCAUGCACAAAAUUUAAAAGGAUUAGCACUGAUGGGAAACAUAGCAUUGUAUCAUGUCAACCUAUCACUGGGAGAACCCAUCAAAUACGUGUCCACCUGCAAUAUAUUGGUCAUCCGAUAGCCAAUGAUACGCUGUACCUCUCUAAAUCUGCUGACAAUGUUUCUACAGAAGGAAUUAGGACUGGUAGGGAGUUUAAACAUUUCUCUCAGUUUGACUCAGAUUUAGGAUCUGGUGAUGCAUCUGAAAAAGGUUCUGGAGAAGAUUUCACCAAUGAUCCAUUGUGCACAAACUGUCCCAACUUGGCACCUAAAGGAUAUGAUGGAUUUGAAGAAGGCCUUUGGUUGCAUUGUGUCCAAUACAGUGGACAAGGUUGGGCUUAUGAAUGCCCACUUCCAGAUUGGGCCAUUCUUAGCUAGUUUUUCACCACAACUUUUUUUACUAAACCCAAAAUUUUAUAUACAAUUUUUAUAGGCAGUACAAGAAUGCAUGUCUUGCUCAUCAAUCUUUGUCUAAUUAUAUAAAUGAAGCUCAAUUAUCCGGCUC